UGUUACCUUCACUUUUACUGUUGUGGUUGUGCCGAGAGCGCCUCCGAGCGACCAGCAGCGAGCGAGAGCCUCCCUUCGUCCCUCCCUUCGUCUGCUCCCUUCGUCAGUUGCCUCCGACCCGACCCUCGCCAGUCGCUCCUCCAACACCGUCCGGGAAACCCACGUCUCCGAACCAUGAAGGGCUGUCGUUAUACGAAAACACUGGAAGCGUGGCGGAUUCUCCUGCUGUUAGUAGGAGCAGCGACGGUUCUCAAGGGAGCAGCUGCAGCAGGAGGAGGAGCAGCAGCAACGGACGCCAGCGGAAGGGUCGUCGUGUCCUUCCAAACAGCUGAUCAGGAGCAGUUCCAGUUCGGGCGGCCGGGAGAGGCUGUGUUCGGGGCGUACAGUUGGACGAGCCCCGAAGGAUACCAGCUUGUAUUCCGAUAUGUGGCUGAUUCCUCCGGCUUCCGUGUGAUGGGCGACGCUGUUCCCGUAGAUUCCGAGGGUGUAGCGGCAAAUGGCGAACAGGUGAACCCAGUGACCCCGAACGAUGGCUUCGUGCUAAGCUGAAGACGAUGUAGAAAGGUGUGAUUCGGACGCUGCCUCUGUCCGAAUCGUCGUCAUCUGUCGAUGCUCGUACCUCUUGUUUUCAGCAUUUCGAAGCUGCAAGUCUGUUACAUAUGUGAUAUGUGAUGUUGCCAGCUGUUGAUAAAUUUGCUUUACUGUAGAGCAGUAACCAGCGACUUUGUAGAUAGUGAAAGAGUAAAUAAUAUAAUGUAC